CCCCCAUCAUCUUCCUACACCUCCUUGUCCUCGCCACGCCUCCAUUUCCCUCUGCUCCUGUCAUCUCCCUCGUUUCUGCCAUCGCGACACCUACUAGACCCAGGAUCUCAACAGCAAGCCACCCUUGGCAGAGACUGUGCUUCUCACCUUGCGCGCACUACAGGGGCUGUCCGCCUGCAGGGUUGCUCUCGCUUCCCGCGUACUUGCUCACACAACACUUCGCUUCAGCUGCCAAUUACACCUGGGGCCCACCAAAGCUCUCGCCCCUGUUCACACCAUCAUCAACGUCCUCUAGCUCAUCUGGCGACGACGACGCUGAUCCGCAUACCUGAUCGGACUCAAUCAUCGGCAUUACUGCCCUCUAUAGAUUCAUAUGCCGGCACAGACUAGGAAGUCUUCCGCCCCAAGAGCGUCUACCUCGUCGGGCGAUAGCUCACAGACCUAUACCAACGGUGGAGGUGGCCCUUCCUCGCCAGUCAGCAUGACCACUUACCUCAAGAAGGGGCUCCCUACCGUUGGCGUCUCCUCCUCGGGCGUCACGGCCGUCGAGUAUGACGAGGACGGCAAUGUCCCUUUCAGCGACAUCGACCCUCUACAGGGCCGCAAUGGUCAUCAUGCCGCCACAAAUGCCAAUGGCAAUGUCAACGGUCAUCACUGGAACAGAGGGAGCAGCGUAGAGACGGACUCAAGUCCAGAUGAGGCAGACUCCCAAGUUCCGAGCCUGACCACAGGCUCGAGUGCAAGCGUAGACUCCUUGGAGAGCGUACGGUCGUCGUACCACCAACGGAACAUGCUUCGUCAUCAGGUGACCGCCAUGAAUGGCCAGACAGACGCAACAUCAGCAGUAGAGAAGGCACUUGCAAUGGCAGCAGCCGCGCAGGCUCAGAUUGCUACUCUGCCAGGCAACGAGGGCUCCUCUGCCCCCAACUCGCACGACUCGUCAGCAGAUGGCACAUCACUGCUUCACUCCGAGUUCGGCUAUUGCGCUAGCGCGGCAUAUCGCUACACAUCACAGCAUCCUCCUGGGGCUCCGCUCCCCAACCCAGACGAGGAAGAACCCUCCUACUGGGUCGUUCUGACUACUUAUAUCUCCUACCUCAUUCUGAUUGUCAUUGGUCAUUUGCGAGACUAUGUCGGCAAGCGCGUUUUCCCGAGAGCCUACAGCCAUCUCGUCGAGACAAAGGGUUAUGCCGCCCUCAACUCAGACUUCGACUCCUUCUACACGAGGCGUCUCAAGACUCGUCUCGACGACUGUUUUUCUCGACCUGUCACCGGCGUCUGUGGACGGACAGUGCUUUGUCUUGAUCGUACCAGUGACGACUUCAACGCCUCUUUCCGUCUUACUGGAGACAAGACGCGAGCGCUCAACAUCUCUGCCUACAACUACUUGGGCUUUGCUCAGUCGCACGGAGGGUGUGCAGAUGCGGUCGAGGAGAGCAUCAGGCGGUAUGGCGUUUCAUCUUUCGGUUCCAGGCUCGGGGCGGGUUCCUUGGACCUGCAUGCGCAGGCUGAGAAGCUCGUUGCCAAGUUCGUCGGUAUGGAAGAGGCAAUCAUCAUCUCCAUGGGAUUCGCUACCAACUCCACCACCAUUCCGGCGCUUGCUGGACCUGGCACUCUGAUCAUCUCGGAUGAGUACAACCACGCCUCGAUCAGGUUUGGUGCCCGUAUUAGUGGAGCGCACAUUCGUCAAUACAAGCACAAUGACAUCAAGGCACUCGAGAAGCUGUUGCGCGAAUGCAUCUCGCAAGGAGUGCCCAGGACUCACCGCCCUUGGAAGAAGAUCCUCUUGAUCGUCGAGGGUUUGUACUCGAUGGAAGGCACUUUCGUCAACCUGCCCGAAGUGAUGAGGCUCAAGGAGAAGUACAAGUUCUACCUCUACGUCGACGAGGCGCACUCCAUCGGUGCUAUUGGACCACGAGGACGAGGUGUGUGUGACUACUUUGGCAUUGACCCGAGGAGAAUCGACAUUCUGAUGGGCACAUUCACAAAGUCGUUUGGCGCUGCCGGAGGAUACAUCUCUGGUAGUAAGCAACUAAUCGACCGCAUCAGGCUCUCCAAUCAUGCCAACGUCUAUGGUGAGACGUUAUCUCCUCCUGUUCUGACUCAGAUCAUCGGCAGCAUGGCCAGCAUCAUGGGAGCCGGUAAUGACCCUCAAGAGAAGGCUCUUCUUCCUGGCUGGCUGAACCUUCCACCUCGUCUCCUGGACGGUAGCGAAGGCAAAGAAAGGCUGCGCCGUCUCGCCUUCAACGCACGCUACCUUUCGUCUGGACUUCGCAAGCUCGGCUUCAUCAUCUAUGGUCACCGAGACUCUCCGAUUGUUCCCCUGCUCAUUUUUCAACCCGCUAAGAUGCCUCUCUUCUCGAGGAUGAUGCUCGACCGAUCGCGCUCUCUUCCACCGAGCCAACGGCCAUUCAUCGUCGAGGAGCGCGAUGACAGCUCCGAGGACGGAGAGGACUCAUCGAAGCUGCCCAUGGGCAUGGAUGAUCCAGCCGAUCUGUCUCUCAUCGACCGCCCUGCGCGCCCGCCCAUUGUCGUCGUCGUUGUGGCUUACCCAGCUACACCUCUCAUCUCUUCCAGAGUGAGGUUUUGUGUGUCUGCCAGUCACACAAAGAAGGACAUGGACGAUGUUCUCAGGGCUUGCGAUGAGGUCGGCUCGCUGCUGAGCAUGAAGUACGGAAGCGGGGGAGCAGGUGGAAGAUGGGACGUGGAGCAGGUCAUUGAGCGGUGCGAGGAGCUGGUCAAGUGGGACGGCCACACUCCGAUCUAAAGGCUGGCAGGGUCGCUGCGGGGGUCGAUGAGGUGUUGAUGGGCGGAUCAUGUCUCCAGUACAAGGGAGCAGUGUAAGAGCAGUGUAUGUCACCCUCAAUGAUCGCGGCACAUGGGUUUCCCUUCACUUUCGCAGGCAAGACCACGCGACUCAGGCCGGCCGCCAGGCACCGCCGCCAAGCACUCCAACGCCGCAUGCUGGUCAGCCAUCCUGGUGUUUAGGGCGAGCGGCGCCUCAUACACGUAUGGUAAUACAUUACGCGGAUUUUCGAGAAUAUCAUCCUAUUCGCUGCUAGAUUUCACUGUUGGAAGUAAGGGAAGCGGUCAAAGGAAGGGAAAGAAGUCUCGACGGGUUGCAGAGCUAGACUACGCCUCUCUCUGUGGCCCUGCCGACUACUCUAGAGAUGUGGGCGUCACUGUGUUUCGACUUUUAAUUCGCUUUGCUCCUACUGUUGUUCAUAACACACUUUUUUCUAUCUAA